ACUAGGAAAAAGUUUAGUGUUAAUUUAACAAAGAAAUUAUAUAUAAGAGGGCAAAAAUCUCCAAAAAAAAAUGCUUUUUAAAAAUCUCCACCAAAAAUGUCUCCAAGGGGUAGAAUAUUUGGGGUACGAUGAGGCCUGUGUGGAUAUUUUGAACACCCUGAACGAGCCCGUGACUAUUUUCGGGCAAUACGACGAGUGUCACAAGUGCAACUUUGAAAAUCUCACGAUUUUGGGGCCCCAGAAGAAUAUUUCGUUGCCAGUCAGCACCAGAUCGCCUUUCGAAUUGUACUGGAGCCAACAAGGGGGCACAGAAAAUUGCAGAUUCACAAAGUUACUUUACGAACAUUACCGUUAUGCCUGGAACAUUUCUAGUAAUUGUCCCAAAAUGGAAAUCAAAGAACCUGCAGAUGAUGCCUAUUUGCCAAUUCUUAUGGCUUUCGUGGUGCUGUUUUCGUUCGGCACCCUCUGGUACAUGGUGAAGUGCAUCUACAAGAACAGCGGCAGGUUGAGGCAACUUUUGGCUUGGAGCACUGAACUGGAAGAGGAUCUAACUGGUUCUGCACCUCUAGUCAUCGAAAGACCACCCGCCAUCAAAAAACAUCCCUACAGAAUAAAAUCGGUGGACGUCUUUCGCGGUCUAUGCAUCAUGCUUAUGAUUUUCGUUAAUUACGGUGGAGGACAGUACUGGUUUUUCCAGCACUCUGCUUGGAACGGUAUCACACUGGCCGAUCUAGUUUUUCCAUGGUUUUUAUGGUUAAUGGGUCUCUCUAUGACAGUCUCGAUGCAAAAAAAGCUCCAUCGUGCAGUACCUAGACGUACCAUCGUCUUCCAAGUCAUUAGGCGCAGUUUAGUACUACUAUUCUUGGGCAUCGUAGUCAAUUCCAGCAAACACAUUUUGACUGUGGCUGAAUUGAGAUUACCUGGCGUACUACAACGAAUCGGCAUCACUUAUUUCGUUGUGGGAAUGUUGGAGGUUGCAUUCACUAAAAGAAUCGAAUUUGAGAGUUUGUCUUGUGUAAGCGAUGUAAUCCAAGCCUGGCCCCAAUGGUUGUUUGUCUCGAUGCUGGUAGCAAUCCACACUUGCGUUACAUUUUUGGUUUAUGUGCCAGGGUGUGGCAAAGGCUACACGGGUCCAGGAGGUUUGGACGACAUGAAACAGCACUUUAAUUGUACCGGAGGCGUUGCCGGAUACAUCGACCGGGAAGUUUUUGGGCAUCACAUGCUUAAAACUGCCGCCUGCAAUAAGGUUUACGAAAAUGUUGUUUAUUUUGAUCCAGAGGGAAUUUUGGGGACUUUAACAGCUGUGUUGACUGUUUAUUUGGGAGUACAAGCAGGCAGGACUUUGAAUACUUAUCAGAAUGUUAGGGACAAGAUGAUUAGAUGGGUUUUGUGGGGUAUUAGUGCGAUUCUUAUUGGUGGUAUUCUGUGCGAAUUCAAAAGAGAUGACGGCCCCAUACCAAUAAACAAACAACUUUGGUCUUUGUCCUACACCCUAGUUACUGCCGGAAUGGCUUUUUUGAUCCAGGCCUUCCUCUUUUUGAUGGUCGAUAUUUUGCGCAAGUGGGGCGGAAGGCCGUUUUUCUAUCCGGGAAUGAACGCCGUAUUUUUGUAUGUGGGACACGAAAUUUUCAAAAACACCUUCCCCUUUGGAUGGAUUCCCACAGUUGAAACGCACAACGCUUAUUUGUUUAUGAAUUUGUGGGGUACCUUUUUGUGGGUGGCAAUAGCUGUUUACUUGUAUAAACACGACACGUUUUUUACUAUUUAGGAAAUAUUUGUAGGUUGAAACAUGUCUCGAAGAUUUCACAUUAUUGAUAAAUUGAUUUUUGGCAUGUUCUAGGGCUGUGAAAUCUUGUGACACUAUUCUAGAAUUAAUUAGUAUGUUAUGUGUAAUAAUAUUUUAGUUUUUAUUCAUAUUAUAUUUGGUACUGACUGAUUGUUUAUUUUGGAAAUUUUUAGUUGAUUUAGGUGUUUACUUAAUACUAAACUGUGUUUCAUAAUGGCAAAUAAAUAUUAUUAGUAACAAAAUUGGUAAGUGGAUGUGUCUCCCUAAUUUCCCAGGUAUUGACAAUAAUAUCUAAUUACAUAAUUGUAAUCAAUUUAAGUAAAAAACUAAAUACAAAAAAUAUUUAUUCAAAUCCCAAUAAACAAUUCAAUACAAAUAUCAUCGGCGAUUUGAGACAAUUAUUUUCGAGCUCAUUAAAUUUUUUUUGGCUGUGUAAACAAUUAUGCUUAAUUAAUUAACAAUUAAAUGCUUUCACUACAUGUCCUCCUUCCUAAUGAUUGCCUCGUCUGAACAGCCCCUGUCAACAAACAAAUAACUCAUUUUUAUUUUUGCAAACUUAAAAUUUGUUGACGGUGACCAUGCAAAUCUAUUUCCGCAUAAUUUUCCUGACUACAAACCAACCGCCAACAAUUAAAGCAAUAGCAGCCGCAAUACUAACCCCUAAAAUUAAGGGCGCUUGAUUUUUAAAUAUUGUCUUGAUGAGGCUGAAAGUACCAGGGACGGUUUUCUUGUAAGAGUCUCGUUCUUGUACUCGAUUGAAGUACUUUUCAAUGUUGGGACGUUUCCCGUCAGUCCAAAAAAACGGUUCCAUGCCUAUUUGGUUGAUACGGAGCAGAAGAAUAGUCAAGGAAAUGUCUGGAAUUGUGAAUUUGUCACUGCACAGCCACCAAUUUUGUUUGCCUGAAAAUGAGGGCAAAUUAUGUAGUUGUUUUUGAUUUUGAAUGAAAAUUGCAACCGUUUGUGUGCUGGCUUAAUUCUGCUUCAACUUCAUCUAAAACUUUUUCAGCCUGUUGGCAAAUCUUUAAAAACUCGUCUUUGUUUAGCAACUUUUCACGUUUCUUUUCUUGGUUUUCUGCCUUUUCGAGCAGCAUUUCUUUGGCGUCAGGGUUCUCUUGCGCAUACUUUCUCAAAU